AUCGUAGUGCGGUGCGGACGUAUGACGUUCUCGCGUGGAGCGUUUACGAAAUAAUCUAAACUUUUAAAAACAGUGCUAUGUGUUUAGUGACAAAAUGACGAAGUUUAGUGGUUAAUGAGUGCUAUUUAAAACCAAUUGUGGUGUGAGGUGUUGUAAAGUUUCCGAGCACGUUUUUACGGAUUUACGUUUUGAAGAUAAAUACUCUUCAAUUAUAAUUUGCUGUAAAAGGAACAUCCAUUAAGAUCUUUCUUCACAUCGCAGAAUAAGAGGAUUUAUAAGAUCGGGAAAGUGUGAAACAUUGUAACGAGCUGCCGAAGAGAACCAUGCGUCCAAUUCUCGCGCUGCUCUUCAUCUGCCUCCACCUGUCAACUGGUACCUCCAGCAGCGACGACAGGCGAUGGCUGGUGUCCCUCAUAGACCUGGUGGAACUGGAUUACCAGGACCAGUGCGACCAACGCGCGACGGCUGCAUGGGAGGAACUAUUGGGCAGCAACAAGGGCUUGUCUUUAAAGUUGGAGCGCGACAAAGCUUACGGUAUAUUCGCCAGCAAGCAGAAGACAGACAUCAAGACUGCCUUCACCGCGCCAUCUUUGUCUCCUGAUGAUGACGUGCUUCGGAGACGAGUGAGGCUGUUGCUGCAGCCGGGAGACACGCUGUUGGAGACUGAGCAGUGGAUCCGGCUGGUGACGUUUGCCGACACCGCGCUGAACCGCAUAAGGUUUUCCACCGACUACGACUGCGGAACCAACAUCAACUGCACUUUAAGAGAACUCCACAACAGUCUCUCCCGGGCCCAGGACGAGGAGUCAGUCAAGCGGAUGAAGCUCAGCUGGGAGGCGCACCUGCCGAGUUUCAGCGAGUACGUUGAGAACAUACUGCCUCUAGCACGGAACGCGUCGAAGGAGAACCACUACAACACAGUGGAGGAGUACUGGGACUCGCUAGUCGAGCACGAGGGUGCCACCCUGAAGGCCCGGGAGAUCUGGGAUAACAUCAAACCCCUGUACACUAAGCUGCACAAAUACGUGUCACUGAAGCUGAAAGGACCGGAUGCUGUUGGCAACACCUUAACUGUGACGUCAUUGAAAUCGUUGUCGGGAGAAGACUGGUCGAACCUCAUAGAAAUAUUGCUGCCCCAAUACCCUGACAUCUAUCAGAAGCUGUACGCUAAUCUACAGCUAAAGGAUAUCGGGGGGUUGAAUGCUUUCAGUGCGGCCGAUAAGCUAUUAACCCAAUUGAACAUAGGUGAUAUUGGGAGCGAAAUUUUGGAGGCGUCAGUUUUCAAUGGCAGCUGUCCGCCCGUCAUCGUGGAUUGGUGCCAACCUAACAAACUUAAGUUCGCGUCGUGUAAGGACGUCAGUAUAGCCAACUACAUGGACGCGCACGAGGCCGCCGCGAAGAUACGGUACAAGAUGACUGCUGCUAUGCACAGCAAUAAUACUUACAUCUUGCGAGAGGCACCAAGAUUUUCAGCUAUAUACGAGGCUAUUCCGGGCUUCAUAUCUCUCCUCUCCCUCAAUCCGCACACGCUGGACCGGGCGGGUCUGUACCCGGUCAGCAGGUUCAUGUACAACUCCAACCAUCACCGCCUGGUGCUCCAGCUGAUCAUAGCGCUGAGGGAUUUACCCAGGUUGGACUAUUAUUUAGCCGCUGACGAGUGGAGACUGAAUGUGCUGAUGGGCAAGAUACCUCCAUCGAAGGUAGCGAGCAGUUGGAGCGAGUUCAGAAAAAACUUCUCCAAAAUCGAUCCAUCCAAUGUAGACUUACUCGGUGACCCAUAUGUGCUACUCAACAAACCACAUGUUGGGGAUUUCUUGGGCAUCAUUCUGAAGUAUCAGAUAUACCAGUCGUAUGCUGAAGAACUGAUGACUGAUGAAGGCGAUUUGACCGAACACGUCGCAACCAGUAAUGCACGACUUAUAGAUACUAUGAUGCAAGGAUAUAGUGAGCCGUGGCCUUCGCUCGUCAGUGAUCUUCUAGCAAAGAGAGAGACUGCACUAGAAUUCACCGCUCUGACUGACUACUUUAGACUGCUAGAUGAAUACUUAGACAACCAGUUGGACCCGUCUAGCGACGUCACAGUAGAUGAUUACGUGGAGCCCCCAGAAGAAAGUCCCGUAGAUAAUGAAAUACCAGUCGAAGAAGAUAAGAAAGAAGUAGAAAUCACCCACGAUAACAUUCACGAUAACAUCAUAAAUACGGACGAGGAACCCAAUUUCAAAUUCGAAACGUCCACAGUGGGGGUACUCGAAAUCAAAAACCCCGUGGCUCCGAGGGACCAAGACAAAGAUGAGAUAAAGGAGGCGUCAUACAACAUAUACUGGUGGAUCGGAAUAGCAAUAGCGUUAACAAUAGUGGUAGUGCUCGUGGCGAUAAUCGCGAGAAAGAGACACAACCACAGGAAGCAGUUGGAGCGACAGAGACAGAACUCGCAUCCCUGAUUCGAGGAGUAUCGGUUCUAGAAGGUUCUAGCGCCGAUACUAGUGAACUUAGUGCCAAGUGGUUGGAGUACAAAGUUUCGUGUUUCAUCGCGUACGAUUAAACAACGUUUUAUUUGCAAAAUACCUUCAGAGUAUACCCGAAGCGAGGGUAUAAAUUACAUAAUGAAAAUUAUUUUAUUGCAAGUGCGAUCAUAAAAUUAAAAUAUUCUUUGAAAUUUAUAAUUUGGAAAAAUACUUUUCCAGAGAACGAGUUGAAAUCUUUCGUAGCAAUAAAUUAUUUCUUGUUUAGUCGUAUGCGUUCAUAGGUUGUCUUGCGUUCGUGUAAAUGUGUACUUAUUUAUACUCUGGUGCUGUAUUUCUAAUCCGUGGAUGCAUUUAAUUAUGGUUUUGAUUUCUAUGUCUCUUCAAAACGCCGAAUGCUGAACCCUACUUAAGAUUUUGCUGUCGCUCUUCUUGACAGAAUGACUUGAGAUCUAAGUAGAGUUUGAGUUUCGGUGGUAUAGUCUGUGCAAUCCACGAAGACGCGCCCCGCCAAUUUUUGGUUGAGCAUCUUUCCCUUUGACCGUGACGCUUUUUCUUAAUUGGUCCAUUUAUUGUAUUGUGCGCGUACACUCAUAGGUAAUUAGGUGUGUACCGAUAACACUCAAACAUAGGCGAAAAC